AAACCGACGGACCUUAAACCCUGCUUCCCCCGUCCGCCGCCAAAGGCGCCGGCCACUACUGCUUCUGCACAAGUCCCCGGCGAUUGCUUUCUCUGUUUAUGUAGAUGCGUGGAUUAUAUAUAUAUAUAUAUAUAUUUGUGCCAAGCGUGGAGGGUUUGUUUCUUCUGAAGAAGAGCUCCGUCGUCUCUGGCCAUGGACUUGGAGGAAAAUUAUGAAAUUGGCCGCACUGUCACCUUCAUUCGAACUCACAACUUCACUAGGGUUGCUCUCCAGUUCCCCGAUGAGUUGUUGAAAGAUUCAACAAGAGUCUUAAGUGCCAUCCGUGAUAAGCUUCACUCUGGUGAAUGCAAUGGAAGUGAUAAGGAUGUCACAUUGUAUGUAAUGGCGGAUACAACUUAUGGCAGUUGUUGUGUUGAUGAGGUUGGGGCAUCUCACAUUAAUGCGGAUUGUGUCAUUCAUUAUGGACAUACAUGUCUCAGCCGAACAUCAACUCUUCCUGCAUUAUUUGUUUUUGGGAAAGCUCCAAUUAGUGUAUCUGACUGUGCAAAGGAUUUAUCUGAAUAUGCAUCGACGCAUAGCAAGCCUGUUUUGGUUCUUUAUGGAUUGGAAUAUGCAUAUGCUAGACAGGAUAUUAGGGAAGCAUUGGUAAUUCAAUCAUCCAGUCUGUAUUACGCUGAUGUUGUGUGUUCAGUUAUGAAUCCGUUGGAAAAUUCCAAAACAUCUAAUGGCUGCCUGGGGGUGAAUGACAAUGCCAAUCAAGGUUCUGGUGGCACAGUCAGUAGACAAUAUAGAAUUGGAGGCUUGUGUUGGAGCCUGCCCAAUGGACAUAGAAUAGAGGACUACUUGCUUUGUUGGGUUGGUGCAGAGAAUGAAGCCUUUGCAAAUGUUGUCAUGACAUUCAAUGGAUGUGAGAUAGUCAGAUAUGAUGCAGUUGCAAAUUGCUUGGUGACUGAUGUAUCACAUCAGAGGAGGAUUCUCAAGCGCAGAUACUACCUCAUUGAGAAAGCAAAGGAUGCUAAUAUUGUUGGGGUAUUAGUGGGAACUCUUGGUGUAGCUGGUUAUUUGCACAUGAUUCAUCAGAUGAAAGAGUUGAUCACAAGAGCUGGGAAGAAGGCUUAUACUCUUGUUAUGGGAAGACCAAAUCCUGCAAAACUUGCCAACUUUCCUGAGUGUGAUGUUUUUGUUUAUGUUUCUUGUCCACAAACUGCUCUUUUGGAUAGCAAAGAGUUCUUAGCUCCUGUUAUUACUCCUUUUGAGGCCAUGCUAGCUUUCAGCAGGGGAAGUCAAUGGACGGGAACUUAUGUAAUGGACUUUCAGGAUUUAAUGACUUCAUGUCCUGUGGAAGAAACACAGCCUAUGGAAGAAGCACGUUUCUCAUUCCUUCGAGGUGGAUAUGUAGAAGACAUUAACCUGGAAGAGACUAUGGAAGAAAAUGAAGAUGGAACUCUUGCUUUAGCUAAAACAACAGAGAAGGCUCUUUGGGUGGCUGGUAAGGAUCCCCGAUCUGUGGUCAAGGGCUCGCCUAAAUCCGGGGCAGAAUACUUUGCUGGCCGAUCUUUUCAGGGUCUCGACAUUAAAGGUGAAAAAGCCAUGCCGGAGCCAUUUUUCAUCGGUAGGACUGGGAAGGCAUCGGGGUAUGAGGAUGAGAAAAGCAAUCAGAAAACUGGGUAGAUAUACAUGUGUCUGGCAGUGGGAGCUACUCCAAGCAAUUGAUUCAUGUCAUGACAUGAGGAAUAAUGAAUACUUGAGAAUGCAGGUUUGUUCUUUCUUUCUCAAGCGAAGCAAACUAAAUACUUAGAUCUUCAGUUUCAAUUUUCAGAGAGCUUUGUGGGUAGUGGAGAGGUUGAGCUCUUUUGGAUCCAGUGGUUUUGAAGCUGCAGAAUGUUGAAAUGUCAUCAGCACCAGCAGUGCUGGCUGCUGUAAUAGAAGUGUUUGUAUGUUUAGGAAACUAUGUUUGUUUUUAUCUUUUUGUAUGAUGAUAUACCAAUUGUGCUCUGUGUUUCUUGUAUUUUAUUAUGAUACACUUCCAUUAUAUAUGUCAAUUUACUAAUUAAUUCUUUGAUAAA